AACUCUUUUAGUCAAAAUUCAAAUGGAGUUCUCUUCUUCUCUCUAUUUCAUUGCUUUGUCUUCAGUUAUCAUCUUUGUGAUAACCACAUUUUAUGGCAAGAACUUCACCAACAUCUUUGAGAUAUCAAUCCAACAACCUCAUCAACAAAAACAAGAGAACGAGAAGUUACCGUUUGCGGUGGGGAAGACGGAGAAGGAGUGUGAUAUUUUCAAUGGUUCAUGGGUCUAUGACAAUAUAUCAAGACCGAUGUUCGAAGAGCAUGAGUGCCCCUUCAUUGAAAAGAAGAUGAUGUGUCAAGCUCAUGGAAGGCCUGAUAAAGGUUAUCAACAUUGGAGAUGGCAACCUCAUAACUGUUCCUUGCCAAGCUUCAAUGCAACAUUUAUGCUCGAAAAGCUUCGAGGAAAGACGAUGAUCUUUGUCGGAGAUUCACUCAACCGUGGCCAAUUCUCCUCCAUGGUUUGUCUUCUCCAAAGAUCAAUCCCACAACAUGCAAAAUCCUUUGAAAUACAUGAACCGAGAUUCAUCUUCAAAGCCAAGGAGUAUAAUGCAUCGAUCGAGUUUUAUUGGGCACCAUUUCUCUUGGAAUCAAACUGUGACAACUUCUACUAUCACCGAUUAUCAGAUCGAACUGUGAGAAAAGGAUCGAUCAAUGUGCAUGCUCAACAUUGGAAAGAAGCUGAUAUUUUGGUUGUUGAUACUUAUAUUUGGUGGAUGACAGGGCUUAAGUUGAAGAUCAUACAAGGAAAAGGAAAAGGAGAGGAGGAGAUGAUAAAUAUGGAAGGUGAAGAUGCAUAUAGGAUGGGGUUGAAAGAGUUGGUAGGGUGGGUUGAGAAGAACAUGGAUCCUAGAAAAACUAGGGUUUUCUUUGUCACCAUGUCACCUUCACAUCCCAUGUGA